AUGCCGUUACUUCGUUUUUUUCUCCCUCCCUCUCUCUAUCUCUCUCUCUCCGUCUCUGUCUCCAUCCCUCUCUUUUUCUCUCUAAUUAUCCUCCUUCCUACACUAUCCCCUGCCACUUUACAAUCUCGUGACUUGGAAUCCUUCGCCUUAGAGUCUCCUCUUCCUUUCACCCCAAUUCAAUUCUCAUUUCUUUACUUUUUUCCUCUUUCUCUUUCAUAUCUUUCUUUUCCCCUUAUUUCUUUAUUCUUUUUUUUUUCACUUUCUCUCUUUUUCUUAGUUUCUCUACCCUCUCUUUUACCUUCUAUCUCUCUUUCAUUUUUUAUCAUUCUCUGUCUUUUCCUUGCUUUUCUUUCCUUUUUCUCUUUCGCUUCCAUACCUGACAUUUACCUUUCUAUAUUUAUUUCUACCUUUCUCUCUCUCUCUCUCACUCUCUCUCUCUUCCUUAGUUUUCUUUCCUUUCCUCUUUCUUUUAUCCUUUUUUUCCUAAUGUUUCUUUUGAAAUUUUUAGAUUGUCUUUUUACUAUCCUUUCGCUUUUUUUUUUAUCUUUUAUUUUUCCAUCGUUUUCUUCCUUUCUAUCAUUCUCUUUUUUUUUCUUUUCUUGUCUCUUUUCCUCCGUUCUUUUUCUUACCUUUUCCUCCUCCAUCUGUUUCUACGUUUCUUUUCUAUUUUCACGCUUUCCUUUCUAA